AUGAAUCCUAUUAAGGUAGAAGACCUCACUGGCAUUCAAGGAGAUAUUCUCCUUAAUGGAUUCCCCAAGAAGGCCGAGAUCUUCUGCUUUUUCACCAUUAGAGCACCACAGGCAUUUUGCCAGAACAUCCAGGCAGUAGCUAACUCGAAGAUUGCAACUGGCAAGGAUAUCAAAGAUCUACGUGAGCAGAUUAGCAAGCUCGCCAAAGGAAAGGUCAUAGAUGUAGCAAAGACUAACAUCGCGUUUACUUCUGGGGGAUUGACCAAGUUGAGCAAUGUUCAAUCGACACUACAGAAGGGCCUUAACGGCUUGAAGGACUCUGCGCCGUCAUUCGUUGGAGGCAUGCAGAAUGAAAAUGAGCGACAGGCGUUAGGAGAUCCUGUAUUCAGCAACUGGAAUCUCAACCAGAAUGGUGGUGGCCCGAUCGAUGGUGUCCUGCUCGUUGCUGGUAUCAACAUGGAUACCGUGGAGAAGGAGCUAAAGAAUGUACUAGGUCAGUUGAACGUUGGUGGUGAAGUUGUUGUGGAACUGUUCAGGGAAGUUGGAACUGAGAGAGAGGCACAACCAGGUCACGAACACUUUGGCUUCAACGACGGUAUCUCACACCCUCAAGUCUUUGGCAUCAACGAUUCAUCCAGUAUCAACUUCAAACUGGACGAUGUUGUCCAGCCGAAAGACACAAGCAACUUCGUGGAUCCAGGCGUUAUCAUAGUCGGCAGGCAAGGCGACAACGAGAGCAACCCUAAGCCUCAGUGGAUGACAGACGGGAGUUUCCUGGUUUUCCGGAAGUUGGAACAACAUGUGGGCAAGUGGAAUGACUUCGUGGUCAACAAGUGGAGGGAUGCAGGAUCGAACGGCCCAGCUCAGUUUGGCGCCCAACUCAUGGGCAGAUGGCAAAGUGGUUGCCCUAUUCAGAUGCAGGACCAGAGAGACGAUGCUUCUUUGGCCUUGAGGAACGACUUCGAUUACGGUGGCAUGACACAGCAGGGCAAGUGCCCCUUAGCAGGACAUAUUCGCAAGGCGCACAUCCGUAUUGGAUUCAAUACUACUCGCAUAAUGCGCAGAGGAAUUCCUUACGGAAAGGAUUUCAAGAAUGGCGGACCAGAUACUGGCCGUGGCCUUCUGUUUGCUUGCUACCAGUCGAAUAUCGAGAACGGUUACAGAUUCAUUCAAACUGCCUGGGCGAACCAGCCGGGCUUCCCUUCUCCAGGCGCUGGUCUCGACGUCACCAUCGGCCAAGGGAAGGCAACAGAUUCUCCAAGCCCAUUUCAGAUUGGCACGAAGUCAGUCAACAUCAACCCAAUCAACGACUUCGUCACAGCCAAGGGCGGAGAGUACUUCUUCGCGCCGUCCAUGGCAGUGUUGAAAGCUGGUUUCAACAUUGGCAACGUCCAGUCCCGACUUUGA